AUGAAGGUCGAGUUGAGGGAAUGGGCCUUUCGGGUUCUCCCGCCAAACCCCCCCCCCCCGGAUGUUCUGCCUCAGACCACCCGGGGGGAGGACCCUGCUUCGGGGGUAACUCCAGGUCGGGGAGCCUGGAGGAAACGCAAAACCCCGGUGGUCGGGCCAUUCAGCCGACCCCGGCCCCGCCUACCUGAAGGCUCGAGCCGGACAGUCACCGGAGCGGGGAGGGAAUCCCGGGCAGGGCCCGCUUCCUGCGCGUGUGCGCUGACGCACUUCCGGCGGGCAGCCAGAGAAGAAACGAGGCAGCCAAUAAAAAGGCGGCCGUCUUCUUGCGGCUAUGGUGGUGUAGAGGUAGCAAUCUCGUACCUCCGGACUGGGGCUGGCAGGAUUAGGACCCGCCGUCACUACUGCUGCUGCUGCUGCUGCUACUGCUACUGCUACUGCUGCCGCCUUCUACUGAGAGUAUUUAGAACUGCCUGGAACAGUGGAAAGGAAUCUUCUCUGAGGGCCCUGGAUAGAAAUUUCAUUGAACUACAUUCUCCAUUGAGAAAAAGCAGUGGAACCACAUUCAGAAUCUCAUACACAGAGGAUUUUAAAGGCCAACAGCCCCAAAGCCAGGCCAUGGAGAAUUCAGACGGGAAAAUAGAGGUGGUCCUCCUGGCCUGUGGCUCCUUUAACCCCAUCACCAACAUGCACCUGCGGUUGUUUGAGCUGGCCAGAGAUUACAUGAAUGACACAGGAAAAUAUAAAGUUAUUAAAGGCAUCAUUUCCCCUGUGGGUGAUGCGUAUAAGAAGAAAGGACUCAUCAGUUCCUGUCACCGAAUCACUAUGGCAGAAUUUGCCACACAGACCUCCACAUGGCUGGAGGUGGAUGCCUGGGAAAGCCUGCAGAAUGAGUGGAUAGAGACAGCCAAAGUGCUCAGCCACCAUCGGCAGAGAUUAGAAGCUAGGGCCUCUGACAAUAGCGUCCCCAGUUCCCCAUCAAGUCCUGGAGUGAAGAGGAGGAAGCUUGAAGACUGCCAGAAUUUUAGUAAAAAGAAAUUGCCAGCAGUAAUACAUAAAAAAGAGGUACCAGAGUUAAAGCUGCUGUGUGGGGCAGAUCUUAUGGAGUCGUUUCGUGUCCCCAACUUAUGGAAGCUGGAGGAUAUCACCACCAUUGUGGCAGACUAUGGGCUUGUGUGUAUCACCCGGGCUGGAAAUGAUGUUGAGAAGUUUAUCUAUGAGUCAGAUAUUCUUUGGAAAUACAGGAGCAACAUUCACCUGGUGAAUGAAUGGAUUACCAAUGACAUCUCAUCCACAAAGAUUCGGCAGGCUCUGAGGAGAGGCCAUAGCAUCCAAUACUUGGUGCCAGACCCUGUCCGGCAAUACAUUGAAAAGUAUGAUUUGUACUCUUCAGAGAGUGAGGACAAGAAUGCAAAUGUUGUCCUGGCCCCUUUGCAGAAAAUCACCGAAGAAGCCAAGAAGUAGAAGAGCCACCAGCAAUGACCAUCCUUCCAGUCCUGGCCUCUGAAGGUGAAGCGACCCACGCUUUAGGAGACCGGAUCUUGUUUUAUAAACAAGAGUUAACAGUUAAUAUAUAAUAAAAAAAACUUAAGUUUUGCAUUUUUAUCUGAAACCUUGGCUGUGAUGAAUGAUAUAGUCUGAGAGAAUUUUAAAAUUUUAGUUUAUUUUGCCAGAACCAUGAUUUUUAUUUUUUCCAUGGGUACAACUAGCAACCACAAUACAUUUCAUCUUGUGUGAGACUUAGUAUGUCUUUCCACAAACCUUCCAUGGGAUUUGUUCAUUACACUAAAAGCUGCUGUUUUCUUCUCUUUGAGUCUUAAGGGAUUCCUUUUUUUUCCCUUCAGUAUUUUUCCCCCCCUCCAAUUCCAUAUAGAAACUAUUUUUGGCAUUCAUUUUUGUAACAUUUGAGUUUCACAUUCUCUUCCUCCUUCUCCUCCUCCUCCCUAAGAUAGCAAACAAUUUGAUAUCUGUUAUGCAUUGCUAUCAUACAAAACAUUAUCAUAGAAAAAAAUAUUUUCCACUUCCAUUUUUUUCUUCAUGUGGAAGAAGACAUAUAUUUCAAAAAACAAAGAAAAUAAAGUGAAAAGGUUAUGGUUCAAUUUGUAUUCAGACUCCAGUUCUUUCUCUGGAGAUGGAUAGCAUUUUUCAGCAUGAGGCCUUUGGGAUUGUCUUGGAUCUUUGUAUUGUUAAGAACAGCUAAGUCAUUUGCAGUUGAUCAUUGUACAAUAUUGCUGUAACUGUGUACAUGGUUCUGGUUCUGCUCAUAUCACUUUGCAUCAGUUCACAUAAGUCAAGGCUUUUCUGAAAUCUUCUUGGUCCUCAUUUCAUAUAGCACAAUAAUAUUCCAUCACAAUCGUAUGCCACAAUUUGUUCAGCCAUUCCCCAACUAAUGAGGAAUCCCCUUAAUUUAAUCUCCCUCGAUUUCCAGAACUGCCAUAAAUGUUUUUAUACAAAUAGGUCAUUUCCCUUUUUUUAAUAAUCUCUUUGAGAUACAGACAUAGUAGUAUUGCUAGAUGUUGCACACUUUUAUAGCCUUUUGGGCAUAGUUCCAAAUUGCUCUCUAGAAUUGUUAGGUCAAUUUACAACUCCACCAACAGUGCAUUAGUAUCUUUAGGAGAAUUCUUGGAUUCACUUAGUCUCUUGGUCAAUAGGGAAGAAGCUUUCUAGCUUCAGAGUGAGAAAUUCCAAAGCACAAUGAAUAGAAGGCACCCACUGUUUGUUACAAAUAAAAAGCUGAACUCAAGCAUUCUAGUUUGAUUAUUCUAGCCACACAGAAGCAAACCAUUGCUCUGUUUAAAAUCCCUUUGGUUUUAGUUCUUAAAAUAAUACUUUUUAAAAAGUUCCAUUGAAGAUCCACAGCUGUGGAAAAAAUGUAACUAGAAGAUUCAUGUUGAAUUAGAAUACAUUUGUUAUAUGUCACAAUAUGAGUAAAAGACUGGCCUUGGAAUGAGGAAAACCUGAAUUUAAGCCCCGUCUCCAAUCUAUUGGCUAUGUGAUCAAUGCUAGACAAAUCUCCUGCCUUCUUAAACCACUUUUUUUUUUAAAAUCCUCAAUUUCCAUCUUAGAAUUGUGUAUUGUUCCAAGGCAGAAGAGUAGUAAGGACUAGGCAAUGGUGGUUAAGUGACUUACUUGCCCAAGGUCAUACAACUAGGAAGUUUCUGAGGCCAUAUUUGAACCCAGAACCUCCUGUCUCUAGGCCUGACUCUAUCCACUGAGCCACCUAGCUUUGCCCCCACCUCUGCAAGUCACUCUUUUUAGGAUUCUCUAAGUUAUAGACUAGUUGCCUGUAUGUGUCAGGGGAAGGAGCUUCCAUACUUGAGAUGUAUAAAAUCCUAAAUCCAAAUGGCAGAAGUAAUAACACUUAGCACCUAUAUAGCAUUUUAAGGAUUGCAUAGCUUUCCAAAAUACCUCAUUUAAUCCUCACAUCACCUCUAUAAGGUAAUUGCUAUUAAUUAACUAUUUUAUAGAAGAGGAAACUGAGUCAGACAAAGAUUAAGUGACUUACCCAAGUAGUAAGUGGAUCUGAGGCAGGAUUUGAACUCAGUUCUUUCUGACUUUAGGCCCAGGCAUUCUAUCCACAGUACCAUUUAGCUAUCCGAGAAGCAUUUUUUAAACCCUGGCCUUCUAUCUUAGUAUCAGCUCUAGGACAGAAGAAUAAGGGCUAGGCAAAGAGGUUUUGAGUGCCUGGUCCAGUCACACAGGUAGGAAGUGUCUGAGAUCAAAUUUGAACCCAGGUCCUCUCAACUCUGGGCCUGGCGGUCCACUGUGCUGCCUAGCUGCCCACAUCCCCAAAACAUUGAAUCAAAAUAAAUGCUCCUAAUAUAGCCUAUGGAUAACGUGUGUGAGAGCAGCCUAAGUUUGGUGAUGUGACCUAUGCCCUUGUUAAUAUCACCACCCUAUGCUCCUGUUAAUAAUCCAGGAAUUUAUUUGAAGAGCACUGAUUGUUCUUUUUAACUGAAUAACUUAUUUUUACGUCACCUACAUUUCCUACCGUAUCUCAGCAGCAUUCUGUUUUCUUAAUUUUUAUUUUCUCAAAGGAAUUUAAAUAAAAUCAAAUUAUUAUUAUGAAUGCUGUUCUUCAUACAAUAAUGAAGUCAAAGGUUAUUGUCCAGGAUUCACUAGCAUAUUGGGGUAUUAGAGAGGAAAACCCAGUAAGUCUUAAAAAGUCACUUAAAGAAAGAAAGGAAGGAAGGAAGCAGCUUUUUAUGGACCAGCCUUGGUAUUUCCGAAUGGUGGUUUCCAGCUAAAAUGGAACUAAAAAGAAUAAAGUUCAAGUUUCCUAAAAAACAUCCUGGGAUCAUGAACCUUUUUGGCACUUUCAGCCCGGUCUGAACUAGAAACAAAGAUGGGAAAUGAAGAUACCCAAGCUUGGACUCUGCAGCCCCCUCUUUAUGCUCAAAAACUAUACCAAGUGUGUAGCUCAUGGAAACCCACAGGAGGCCUGAGCAUCCCCCCUGCUUCUCAAACAAGUAGAUCGAGUCACUACAGUCAUCUUGCUGCGGGCCCCAUCGUACUAGUCAAAGAAUCGUGCCUGUUUGCCACCGAGAAGAGGCAGGCGCUGGCCAGUCAUAACUUGUGCCUUUCGACCCCUAGAAGAAAUGGACGCUCCUCUUCAGGGAGUUGGAGGAGACACAGAAACAGGACUCGGACGCUCGCCACGUUUCCUCCUCCAUCUCUCCCCGACGCCAAGGCCACGGGAGCAAAGAUUCUAUUCAUCCGAUCUCAGGAGAAAAUUGUGCCUUCUUACACAGUAACCAAUGGAAAGCCAUCAAUGUGUCCACCUCGGGACACUGUGUGAAGCAUGCGUGACCUCUGACCUCUUGUGACAUUUAUAGAACAUCAACACACUGUGUACCGUCCUCGUCGGCCAGGCCCUUAUCUCAGGAUGUUGCUAGCUGCGCAGCGGAGCCUUGGGUGUCAUCAAGGCCUGAAUUUCCCCUCGAAAUAAUGGAGAUUGUAACAACUGUGUUCACAGGGAAAUGCUGUUAAUGAAUGUCGUGAGCUCAUUGAGGGAGAGGGGGAAAAGAAGCCAUUCUUUUUUUUUAAUCCUUACUUUAUGUCUUGGUACGAAUUCUAGGAUAGAGGAGCAGCAAGGAGUAGGCAAUUGGGGUUAAGUGACUUGUCCGGGGUCACACCUAGGAGGUGUCUGAGGCCAGAUUUGAAACCCAACUCCAGACCCAGCACUCUAUCCACUGUGCUUCCUAACUGCCCUGAAAAGAAGUCUUUUUUUUUUUUUAAUAAAAGAAAACUACAUCAAAGGACAGAGUGGGGAAUUAUGUGAAUUUUUGUGAGACUGUCAAUUGCUGGAUUUGGGGUGUUUUGUUUUUUUAAUAAUUGUGUGAUUCAGGUUUGGGAUAAAUUGAGUCACAUCAGGAGAGUGUGUAAACACUAUGUAUAUUGUUUACUCAUGUAAUUGAAAAACUUAAAUAAAUUCUAUUUGAUCAAAA